AAGAUUCAGCUGCCUCUGUCUCUGCUGGGAUUAAAGGUGUGCGCCACCACUGCCCGACUUCUUACCUACCAGGUCGUCCCGGCUUUUGUUUCAGACCUUCCAGCUCUGCUGUCCAGAGUGCUGCCAGUACUCAACGACUAGGUCUCUACAGCAUUGCUUCCCUAAGCCCACGUUCUGUAUCUGUAGAGGAGCUCUAGGCCUAAGUGGCUGAAAGUGGGACGCAGGACUGGGGUUUUAGCUCUGAUAGGAGAAGCAAGGGUCUAGGCUCAAUUCCCGGCAGCGCAAAGAUAAAUUCAAAGAAAGCAGUACCGAGCAACAGAGGGCUUACUCGGUUAAGAAGGACUGGAAGGCCUGCGGCUCCUGCCUUCGGACCAAGACCCGAAACUGGUGCAGCUCACGGGAGUUUACCUCGUGCCCUGGCCCCGCCCUCACCUUUGUGACGUAGCGGAUGUAGCGCGCCUCCCCGCACCCGCGUUAGCAGCCCGUGACCCACAGCUCUCCGAGGCUUGGCCCGUUGGAGGUCGCUUCGGUGUGAAAACGCGGGUGGAUCUUCCGGGCCAUGAUGAAACUAGCUGCAGGCUUCCUUCUGCUGCUUCUGGAAGUGCGGCUCCUGCCCGUAACACCUCUUCCAACUGACGAUUUAUCGGCCUCCACUCCGGGCAGCCCUCUCUCAUCGACUGAAUAUGAACGCUUCUUCGCCCUCCUGACCCCAACCUGGAAAGCAGAGACUACCUGCCGCCUCCGUGCAACCCACGGCUGCCGGAACCCCACUCUCGUCCAGUUGGACCAAUAUGAAAACCAUGGAUUGGUACCAGAUGGUGCUGUCUGCUCUGACCUCCCGUAUGCUUCCUGGUUUGAGUCCUUCUGCCAGUUUGCACAGUAUCGUUGCUCCAACCAUGUCUACUACGCCAAGAGGGUCCGAUGCUCCCAGCCAGUCUCCAUCCUGUCACCCAACACUCUGAAGGAGGUAGACUCUCCGGCAGAUGUCCCUCCCACCACCAUGACUUCUGCCAUGGCAUCCCAUGUCUCAGCCACGGAGCGCCAGGCCUUCCAGCCGUGGCCCGAGCGCCUCAACAAUAACGUGGAGGAGCUGCUGCAGUCCUCCCUGUCGCUGGGGGGCAAGGAGCUGGGCAGCCGCAAGCAGGUCCAGGAGCAGCACAAGCAGGAGCAAAUGCAGGAGCACAAGCAAGAGGAAGUGCAGGAGCAGGAAGAGCAGGAGGAGGAGGAGGAAGAGGAGGAAGAAGCCAAACAGGAAGAGGGGCAGGGGACAGAGGAAGGCCUGGAGUCAGCGUCCAACCUGCAGUCGGACUCAGAGUCCAAGUUUCAGUCUGAAUCGCUGUCUUUUAACCCUUCAUCCUCCUUUACUCCCCGGGUCCGAGAAGUGGACUCUCCUCCACUGAUGAUGGAGAACAUCCAGGAGCUAAUUCGGUCAGCCCAAAAAAUGGAUACAAUGAAUGAACUGAGCGAUAACUCCUGGAGAAGCCCAAGCACUGGCAGCCUCCUGCAGCUGCCCCACACGGAGACCAUGAUGGUGCUAUGCUAUUCCAUUAUGGAGAAUACCUGCACCAUGACUCCCACAGCCAAGGCCUGGAACUACAUGGAGGAGGAGAUCCUUGGCUUCGGGGAUUCGGUCUGUGACAAUCUUGGCCGGCGACACACACCUGCCUGUCCGCUCUGUGCCUUCUGCUCCCUGAAGCUGGAGCAGUGCCACUCCGAGAGCACCGUGCUGCGGCAGCAGUGUGGUGCUUCCCACAAGAUACCCUUCAUCAGCCCCUUCCUCUCAGCCCAGAGCAUAUCCACCGGCAACCAGGCAAAGAUCCCAGAAAAAGGCCGCUUUGGCGGGCUAGAUAUGUAUGGAGGGCUCAGCUUGGACUUCUGGUGUAACCGGCUUGCCUUGAAGGGCUGCGAAGAUUACCGAGUCUCCAACUGGCUCAGGGCUGAAUUCCUUAGCUUCCAGGAAGGGGAUCUCCCCACAAAGAUUUGUGACACAAACUAUGUCCAGUAUCCAAACUACUGUUCCUUCAAAAGUCAACAGUGCCUGAUGAAAAGCCAGAACCGAAAGGUGUUCCGCAUGAGAUGUAUGUUGAACGAGAACUACAAUGUGCUGAGCCUGGCUAAAAGCGAGGAGAUUAUCCUUCGGUGGAACCAAGAAUUUAACACUUUGGCUCUAGGCCACUUUGGAUGAGCCGGGGGUCUGUGCUGUCCCCGCCCCAGCCCAACCUUUCCACUUCCUCCAUCGCUCUUGGACCACAUCUAUCAGUAGGCGUCCAGGUGCCCCUCACAGGUCUCUUACCUGAC